UGCAAGAGUUGUUCAGUCCACUCGUAAGAAACACAGCAUUAGGACGCGCAUACAAACGUUAUUGACUUUAAUAUUAUUAUUAAAAAUUAACAAUUUAAAAACAAACUUAAUACUUUUAAUCUGCUAUCAUAAAGUAUUUAUAAUAGAUUGGUGAUCUAAGAAUUUGCGCAUAUACUGUUUAAAUUACCUAUAGCAAAUAAUGCAAUACAACAAUAGUUAUUAAAACAUGUGCUGAAUAUCACAAUUUUAGGGAGCGGAAACAACCUUUAAAAAAUUGUGUGAGUGCUUAAUAACGUGCCACUAAAAUGUUUAAUUUGCCGACGGUGAAUCCAAAAUAAAAGGAAACGUUAAUUUUGUAAACAAUAAAGGGUUUCCAAUAUAUGACCACAUACAAUGGACGCAUACGCCUUACCAACAUAUUUUCCACUUGCAUAUUCUGAAUUGCAGUAUCUAGCAUCCAGAAGAGCUGCAGCCGUUGCUGCAGCGGCAACGGCUUUACCGGGAACUCCCUGCAUUAACCACGUUCACACAACAGACGUCUCGAGCUCGGUAACAGUUCCAUCCAUGAUUUCGGCGGCUGAACCAUCGGAAUCAAUUGAAACGACAACUCCAAUUCCAACUCCUUUAUGUAAUGGAAACACUCUUCUUGCAAAUACUGCUGGUCACCCUCACAACAAUCCGCACCAACAUGUUCAUAAUCUAAAUGUUACUGGAACGCAUCCACAUGACUUUCAUCCAGCCUAUAGAAUUCCAGGAUACAUGGAGCAAUUGUAUUCUCUUCAACGGAACAGUUCAACUACAUCAUAUCACGAUCCUUAUGUCAAUUGUACAUCAGCUUUCCAUCUUGCUGGACUUGGUUUGGGAUCAGGUGAUUUUUUGGGUACCCGAGGUAUGGGCUCCCUUGGUGAUUUGCAUCAUGCAGCUGUAGCAGCAGUAGCGGCAGGAUCUCUAGCAAGUACGGAUUUUCACUUCAGCAUUGAUGGAAACAGGCGGUUAAGUAGCCCUCGGCCGCCUGGCGGAAGUAUUCGUGCAAGCAUCAGCCGCAAAAGAGCCCUAUCAUCUUCACCCUAUUCUGAUUCUUUCGACAUCAAUUCAAUGAUAAGAUUUUCACCAAACUCCUUAGCCACUAUUAUGAAUGGGUCUCGAGGAAGCAGUGCGGCUAGUGGAUCGUACGGUCACGUUUCAGCUGCUGCUAUUAAUCCUAUGUCUCAUGCGCAUUCAACAUUGGCACCACGUCUACAACAAAUACAAGCGCAUUUGCUGCGUGCAAGUGCAGGUCUGUUAAAUCCGAUGACUUCCCAACAAGCAUCUUCCGCCGGGUUUUCUAUAAGCCACACUGUAGGCGCUGCCCUAAGCUUAAAUGACGUUCAUGACAUACCUAACCGCAUAACAUCUUCGACAGUAAGGCUAGUUAAUGACGACCAUAAGCAGCUAAAAUGUAUAGAUGAAGGAAAGGAAAAAAACCGAUCGUUUAAAAAUAUUGUCCCUGAGCAACCCUCUUCGACAUCGGGCAACGUCGCUCAAGUAGAAGCCGACAGCGCCACAUCACAUUUGUCUGACCGUUGUUAUAAUAAUAUAGCAAACAAAAAUAAAAGUAUUUCUAGCGAUGUAAAAAUAACUAGCCGCUGUGAUGACUUUAUUAACUGCGGAUCAGCAUCAACAACGUUAAAUGAAUAUGAUUGUGCCAAUGCUGAUACGACAGAUAUCAAAGAUGAGCCCGGGGAUUUUAUAGAAACAAAUUGCCAUUGGCGCAGUUGUUCUAUAGAGUUUAUUACGCAAGAUGAACUUGUUAAACAUAUAAAUAAUGACCAUAUCCAAAGCAAUAAAAAAGCUUUUGUCUGUCGGUGGGAAGAUUGUACACGUGGUGAAAAACCAUUUAAAGCGCAGUAUAUGCUCGUUGUGCAUAUGCGUCGUCAUACUGGAGAAAAGCCGCACAAAUGCACUUUUGAAGGCUGUUUUAAAGCCUACUCUCGUUUGGAAAACCUGAAAACUCAUUUAAGGUCACAUACAGGCGAGAAACCAUAUACCUGCGAGUAUCCGGGAUGCAGCAAAGCGUUUAGUAAUGCUAGCGAUCGUGCAAAGCACCAAAAUCGAACUCACAGCAAUGAGAAACCUUACAUUUGUAAAGCACCUGGCUGCACGAAACGUUACACCGAUCCAAGUUCUUUGCGAAAACAUGUGAAAACAGUUCAUGGUGCUGAGUUUUAUGCAAAUAAAAAACAUAAGGGCUUACCCUUAAAUGAUGCUAAUUCUAGAAUGCACAGAAACAACAAUGGCCAUGGUCGACAUAAUCUCCAGGAGCACAAUAUUGACUCAAGCCCUUGCAGUGAAGACCUGCUUAUGGGAAAAAUGAUUGAAAUGUCUAGUCCCAGCAUUAGAUCUGAAUCGGAUGGAAGCUCGCCCCAUUAUCAAUUAGUAAAUGGCGUACGAGCAUCAGAUUGCUUGUUUCCAUAUUCAUCAGAUGAAGUUGUAGAAAAUUCAACUUUGGAUGACGGGUGGAAUUGUGAUGACGACGUAGACGCGGCUGACCUACCAAUUGUGUUACGUGCCAUGGUAAAUAUUGGCAGCGGAAACGAUUCUCCAUCGACUAUUGGUGGUGGAGUAAUGGCAAGACAGCGGUUUAGAAGUCGCCUUCAAACUAAAAGCAUAAGUUCAAAUACGGUAAUGCUCUGUAACAUUCCGGAAAGUAAUCGGACUAUUGGAAUCAACGAACUUAACCAGCGUAUUACUCAACUUAAGAUGGAACCAGGUACGACUGGUGAUAUUAAAAUUCAAAUACCAUUGAAUGUGGGCAUAGACGGGUUGGCAGAAGACUUAUCACAGAAUCAAACAAACUGUCGUACAAUAUUGAAUAAGCAAAAUCCUCCCAACGUUACUAGCUCGCGACAAGCGCAGAUUCGCCGCGAUAGUCAGAACUCCAUUGCAAGCACUUAUUACGGAAGCAUGCAAAGUCGUCGUAGUAGUCAAUCAUCGCAGGUAUCUUCUAUAUCUACAAUGCGACCUGGACCUUCGCACAAUACGACCACUGCUUCCUUCUAUGAUCCGAUUUCCCCAGGAUGCUCGCGGCGCUCUAGCCAAAUGUCUAAUGCUGCCAACUGCUAUGCACUUGCUUCAACAUCAGGAUUUCCUGUAAUAAGCAAGGUCUCUGAAAUAAACAGCAGCCCACCUGCUCCAUUUAAUAAACCAAAUCAUGAUGUUCAAGAUUUCGAAUUUUAUAAUAGCAGUCUUCCUCCGCCUCCAUCAUCUCAUUUAGUUGCCACUAACUUAAUGCGAUUGCAGGGAUCAGGUUCUGGAACUUGCUAUCAGAAUUCCAAUGGCGGCCGAUUUUCUGUUCCCAGUUCUAUGCAUUCUCUACAUUUACACAACAACAAACAGAUAGUAGACUUCGAAAUUGAUAAUCAAGUGCUGAGUAAUAUAUUUCGUCGUCAGUCUGAGCCCGUUGGAAAUAUACAUUUUGAUCCCAUUACAAAUGAUCCUCGCUUAAGUACCCAAAUUCAAAAUUUACAUACUCAUAUUGGAAAGGAUAAAAACUUAAAUUACACCUGCUUUAGUAAUGAAAAUAAUUUAAAUAAGGUAGAAAGCAAUGUUCUGUUAAAGACUGACCCGACGAUGAGCACAGACCAACAUCCUAAUGAAAGAUUCAAUCUAGACGAAGUAGAAGAACUUAUACUUCCCGAUGAGAUGCUCCAGUACUUAAAUUUGGUAAAAGACGAUACAAAUUAUGCAGAGAAAGGACAUGAAAAAAGUAAACGAAUUUCAUCAUCGACCUCUAACUCUCCAAAGGAUAUACAAUCAAAUACAUCAAAAUUGUCUACGCAAGAGAAAUUUACUAUGACAACGAUCGGGAGCCUAUCUGAUCACCGAUAUUCAAAUAUCAUAUCUAAGCCAAUUGAGCAUGUGCGUGCGAAAUGCGUUAGUUUGCCUCAAGAGCCAGAUAAGGUUAUAAACAUGAAUUAUGAUAAUAAACAACAGCCAUUUUCAACAUCAGUCUAUCAACGACACUUAACAAAAUCACAUCAGAAUCAAAUUAUUGACUCAUCUAUGACAAGCGUACCAGAACUAAAUGUAUUCCCAAUUUUUCAACGAAUUGAACCAGAAAAUGUUUCAAAGAUACAGAAAGGUCAUGAUAAUGAAAUACAAUGUGGCAUCAUAAGCCAGUCUCAAAUGUCUCCUUCUAUGAAUAAGGACGCUAAGAUUUCAACCUUACCGUAUUCAAAAUGUUCUUCUAACUCAAAUAUACAAAACCAAGUUAGUGACACUAAUGUGAGUAAUAUUAGUGCUAUGCAUUCAGAUACAUACCAGCGUACUCUACAAUAUGUACAAAGUUGCCAAAACUGGAUGGAGACAAACAAUACUUCAGACGAUCAAAUUCAAGGUGUAUCUGGAAUGCAACAAAAUAGCACUGUGUGGCCUGAUGUUAGCAGUUCUACACAUCCGUAUCCUGGUGAAAAUAUGGUAAUCAACUAUAUGACAACAUCCCUGACUUCUUUGUUGGAGGAGAACAAAUAUCUUCAAAUGAUGCAGUAGAACACUCCAAAAUAAAAAAAUUAUCUUAAGCCACUCAGUCACAAUAUAUUAAUGUUAUGACCAUAACAUCAACAUUACAAAAUUGUUAACAAAGCAAAUUAUCUAAUAGACAGUAGGGAAAAUCAACACAUUCGAAUAAUUCUCUGAAUUUAUAAUCUUCUAAUCUCUUAAUAUAUUUAGUUUUUAUUUAAAAACGAAAUAAACGCAAUAAAUAUGUCUUCCUAA